GCGGUGAUGGAGGAAGCGCGGUCGCGCGAGGCGGCGAACCUGGCGGAGCUGGACUGGCUGGGACGCAAGUACUCCGUGCUCAACGCCAAAACCCGUGUUUGCAUCCUCAAAGGUGCCCUUGGGCUUGCAGGGGAAGAGGGAGGGGAUGGGAGGGAGCUGGUGGGGUGGUGGAAGGGUGGAUGGGUGGGAGAGGUGGGAGUGGGGGAAGUGUUCGGCUCUGCUGACUUGUCUAUCCGUUGUGACCCGUUGACUGCUGAUGACCCGGUGACUGAUAAUGACCCGUUGACUGCUGAUGACCCGUUGACUGAUAAUGACCCGUUGACUGAUAAUGACCCGUUGACUGCUGAUGACCCGUUGACUCUUGCUGACCCGUUGACCGCUGAUGACCUGUUGACUAUUGCUGACCCUUUGACCCCAACAGCGCAGCAGUUGGAGGCCGAGGUGGCAUCUGCUGACGUGGCGAACGACCGGCGGCUGAACCUGUACGACAAGAUCUUUGUGGCGUACCACGAUGCCAAGCGGCUCAUUCGAGACGACAUGUGGCUGCGACUCAUACACCCCUCCCCACCCUCCUGCCCUUACGCUCCUAUCCAUGACCUCCCUUUUCCCCCAUUCCCCACGCCCUCGGGUAGCAGUGGGCCGGGCGGAGAACGUGAAGGAGCAGCUGGCGGCGCUGCAGUGCACCGUCGACCGCAACCUGCUGCUCCUCCCCUCCCCCCCUUCUCCCCUUCCCAGGUGGCAGCGGGAGGGGCGGAGGACGUGAAAGAGCAGCUGGCAGUGCUGGAGAGGGCGGUGUCGUGCCUGGUGCUGCAGCGCACCAUCGACCGCAACCUGCUGCUCGUUGCUGGUGCCAAGGCGCGGCUUGAGAGGCAGCAACAGCAGCAAGGGGGCGCGCAGGGGGGGCAGCAGGGGCAGGGCAAGGGGGCGGGCGGAGGAGGUGAGGGGAAGAAGGGGAAGCGGGAGAAGGGGAGGGAGGAGAAGGAGCGGGAGAAGCCUGCGAGGCCGGAGGACCUUAUACGGCUCUAUGACACCCUGCUGCAGAACGCAUCAGACCUGGGGGACCUGGCAGCAUCAGGCAGGGAAGCCCGUGCGGAGGAGGAGGCACUGCAAGCACAGCUCGAGGCCAACAAAGCCUGCUACCAGGCCUGCAGGGCGUUCUACGUGGCGCUGGCGUACCAGGCAGCAGGCAAGGACGCGGAGGCCUAUGUGGUGUUUGGCAGGGCGGCAGCAGAUGCAGAGCAGGCUGCCAAGGGACUUCAGCAGCUGCAGGAGGGGUCGGGAGCACAGGGAGGAAAAGGCAAGAGCAAGGGCAAGGGCAAAGAUAAGGCAUCAGAGCACACGGCAGAGGAGAGGGAGGUGGAGGAGGUGGUGGUGCGCAGCAAGGCGCAGCGGUGUGCCAUCCAUGCGCGCGCCACUCUCGACGCCAUCAGGGCCAAGGACCCCUCCGCCCUUGAGAAGGGCGUGGCUGAGCUCUCCCUGCGCGCCAAGGACAAGCAGCAGGUAGAUGCCAAAUACAUGACUGAGAACCUGAACGAGUUCGUGAGUGCAGUCACCGUGGACUCUACUCCAGGCUCCAAGCUCGUUCCCCACAUUGCGCGAGUGCCACCACCCUUCCAAGCAGUGCCGUGCCGGCCCAUUGUUCUCGACACCGCUCUCAAUGCGAUUAAUUUCCCGGAUCUUGCGGGCCGGGCCAAGAAGGAAGGCAAGAAGGCAGGCGGUCUCUUUAGCUCUUUCUGGGGUGGUAGCCGAUCAUAA